AUGAAUGAGAUCAUCAAUAAAAAAGAAACUAUUUUGCUUGAUCAAAUUGUGGUUCUGGAAAAUUGGGAAUACCUCAAAGAUCAUUUGGUUAUGGAGGACUUGUUGAAUCAAAGUAAAAAAGAGAAUGUGGAAGUGCAAGAAGAUUAAGACACAACUAUACUAAUCUGUACUUCAGAUUACGAAGAUUGA